GGUGUGGCCGGAAGAAGCAAGGAGCUCACACGUGGGUCCGGUACUGUGGCAUCAUGUCUGGCCUGUUCAUCAAGAAGAGAGCGGAGAGCGCCCGGAGGAAGCGGGGGGAGGUGAAUGAUGGCGCCGCGCAGAAGAAGAAAAAGAAGAUGGUGAAUCUGCGGGAGGAGAUCGAGAGCGACUCGGACACGGAAGUAGCCCCGAAGACUCGCAGGAAGCCGGAGGAUGAAGAUGAGUACGUGGGGGAGACUGCGCAGGAGAAGAAGCUGCGAUUGGCUAAGGAAUAUCUGACGCAGCUGCAGGCGCAGGAGGAGGAGGACGGGCCUGAGGACGAGGGCCAGGACGCCAUCGCCAGCCGGUUACAGGAAGAUGUGCUUGAACAGAGAGGAAAACUUCGGCGUCAGCUGGCCAAAGAGUUGCUUCCCCCGGAUCCUUCAGAGAUCCGUCUGCUUCGUGGUCACCAGCUCCCCAUCACCUGUAUCGCCAUCACUCCGGACGAUGCGCACGUCUUCUCCGCCUCUAAGGAUUGCUCCAUCAUCAAGUGGUCGGUGAGCGAUGGAAGGAAAGUGCACAAGAUUCCCGGCGGGCGGAAGGGCUGCGAGAAGACGCACGUGGGCCACACGGCUCACGUCCUGUGCAUGGCGGUGUCAUCGGAUGGCAAGUUCUUGGCGUCGGGCGAUCAGAACAAACUCAUCUUCAUCUGGGAUGCGGUGACCUGCCAGAACCUUCACAAGUUCCAGGGCCACCGAGGAGCCGUCUCUGGACUGUCCUUCCAGAAGGGGACGUACCAGCUCUUCAGCGCCUCACACGACCGAUCCAUCAAAGUGUGGAAUGUGGCGGAGAACUCGUACAUCGAGACGCUUUUUGGGCACCAGGAUUGUAUCACCGGACUGGACAGUCUGAGCCGAGAGCGCUGCGUGACGUCGGGGGGCCGAGACGGGACGGUCAGAGUGUGGAAGAUCACAGAGGAGUCGCAGCUCGUCUUCAGCGGACAGGGGGGUUCGGUAGAUUGUAUCCGGUUGAUAAACGAGGAGCAUAUGGUGUCCGGAGCGGAUGAUGGGUCCCUCGCGGUGUGGAAUGUGUCGAAGAAAAAGCCCCUCUCUCGGGUAAAAUGCGCACAUGGUAAACGCGGGGACCCCGGCCUGGAGGAGCCGCACUGGAUCUCCGCGGUGGCUGCCGUGCUCAACAGUGACGUGGUCGCCUCCGGCUCUCAUGACGGCUUUGUACGUCUGUGGCAGUGCGGGGAGGGAUUCCGGGGUCUGCACCCCCUUCUCACCAUUCCCCUGGUUGGAUUUGUGAACUGUCUCCAGUUUUCCAGCACGGCGGACUUCCUGGUGGUUGGAGUUGGCCAAGAACACAGACUCGGACGCUGGUGGAGGCUAAAAGAAGCCAAAAACGGCUUGAUUAUAUACACGGCUCCAUCGGAGGAGCCGAGUGUCCCUGGGAAAGGUCUUUUGUUCCCGGGAAGUGAUCCGGUGACUAAUGGGCCCGCUCAGCCCCUCUGGUAUUCCGGAGAGGAAGAAUCGGAAGACAAAGACUUGGAGAUCAUUCCGCUGGCAGCGUCCGUGUGA